GGCCAUGGAGGAGCUGAGCAGCGUGGGAGAGCAGGUCUUCGCCGCCGAGUGCAUCCUCAGCAAGCGGCUCCGCAAGGGCAAGCUGGAGUACCUGGUCAAGUGGCGAGGCUGGUCCUCCAAGCACAACAGCUGGGAGCCUGAGGAGAACAUCCUGGACCCUCGGCUGCUCCUGGCUUUCCAAAAGAAGGAACAAGAAAAAGAAGUGCAGAAUCGGAAGAGGGGCAAGAGGCCCCGGGGCAGGCCCAGGAAGAACGUGGAACCAGAGAUGCCUGCGAAAACAAAGUCGAGUAGCUCCUCUUCCUCCACAUCCUCCUCUUCCUCCUCCUCUGAGGAAGAGGAUGAGAGUGAUCUGGAAGCGAAGAGAGGUCCCCGCAGCAGAGAGACGCACCCGGUGCCGCAGAAGAAAGCUCAGAUCCUGGUGGCCAAGCCCGACAUGAAAGACGCUUCCAGGAAGAAGCGUGGGCGGAAACCUCUUCCCCCAGAGCAGAAAGCGGCUCGAAGGACCGUGAACCUGACAAAGGUGCUGAAAACGUCCAGGAAGGAGGUGGGGGGCAGUGCCAAGCUGCUGGGGAAGCUGCAGCCGCAGCACAGCACGCAGGGCUCGGGACUGGCUAUGCUGAAGGAUCCCCCGGGCACCUUGGCUGGGCUCAGCUCAGGGGGGUCGGCAGUGGAAAACCUGCCCAACAUGAUGAAGAGCGGCUCGGCGAGCCCCAGCCAGGCCAUCAGCUGGCAGAGCUCCAUCGUGCACUACAUGAACAGGAUGUCCCAAAGCCAGAGCGCGGCCGAGAGCUCGGCCCUGGGCAGGCUGGCGCUGAAGGCACAGGCGGCCAGUAAGGGCAGCUUGGGGCUGGACUUGAAAAUGAGGAGCCAGAAAGGCUCUGGGGAGCUGGGGCUGAACGUGCAGGGACCCAAAACUGCAAAGGCUUCCGGCAGCAGCGCCGGAGGGGACCAGAAAUCGGGGUUUGCUGCCGGAGGCCAGAUGCUGCCCAACGGCAGCAAGACGCCGUCGAGCUCAUCUGGGGCUGGCAUCCAGCCAGCCUCCAGCCAGGAGCUGAACCUGCAGGCUCUGAACCUGCAGAGUGUCAAAAACGGGCCGAGCACGGCCAGCGGGAGCAGCGUCCCCCGGCACCUCUGCGGCUCCCUGGCCAAGGGCCCCGCCGGCGGCACGGCCAGCGCGGGUGCCAAGGGCGGUGCCGCAGGGCCCGGGCUGAACGCUGCCACGCUCCCAGGGGGGGACGGUGGCAAGAGCAAGAAGCAGACACAGCGGGCAGGUGACAGGGACUCGGCCAAAGGGGGCUCAGCUGGCGCUCAAGAGGGACACGCAGAGAGCCGCAAACCCUCCGCCCUGUCGGAAGCGAGCACGGGCGAGGACACCAGCUCGGAUUCGGACCGGGAUUCAGCUUCCCUCCCGGGUGCGGCUCAGAACAUGUCUGUGUCCAUCCAGACCAGCCAGGACUGGAAGCCCACCCGCAGCCUGAUUGAGCACGUCUUUGUCACCGAUGUCACCGCUAACCUGAUCACAGUGACUGUCAAGGAGUCCCCCACCAGCGUUGGGUUUUUCAACCUGCGGCAAUACUGAGCCCAGGAGCGUGAGAGGAGGGAGAGGGUCCUCCAGCCUCGCCCUCACCUUUGCCCAGUUUUUCCAUCGGGUUUUUUUUUCUUCAAGUGAACGUGGAGCCCUCGUGAGACCUGCUGGAACUCGUGUCUGGAAAGGCUGGACAAAUAGCGCAGUGAAACCCGCUCCAAACUGCCAGCCUGGAUUUCCUCCAGGGCUUCUCUCCAUCCUCUUGUGGAGCCGUGCCCCGUGCGGGGGUGGUCGAUGCCGUUCUCGGGGCGCGGGGGCACCGGUGCUGCCGGGGGUGUCAGGCUGGCCAGUUUGGAGCCAGGAUUCACUGCCCACAGCUCUGUUUGCUUUGAGACCCAGGGUCUGCAGCUCAGUGGCCACAGGGAGGUGUGGAGCUGCCACGGGACAGUCACACCUGGGAGAGGACUGGGAGAUUCUCUCCUGGGCUUCCUGUGGAUCUGUCUAUGAGCCACGGGGAACUGCAAGUCAAUCCAAAUGAGGCAGCUGCUGCUCCCAGCCCUCGAGGCUGUGGGGGUGCAGUUGUUUUUGGGGGUUUUUCAGGGUAUGCUCAGCCCAGCCACCCCCCUGGGCAAGGUCAUUUCCAAUGAUGGGAAACCCACAACGUUUCUGUUGGGGUUUCCAGCUGAUAGGGAAAUAUUGUUUACAUUUUUUCUUAAGGGAUUUUUUUUUUCUUUCAUGAGGGAGGGAAAUAACCCCAGUCUAUGACAGGUUGAGUCCUGGGUGCCACCAACAGAACAGGUGGCAGAGGUGCUUUUUUGGAGGGUGUCUCCUUUCUGCUGGAGGAAAGUCCUGCCUUGAGAGCCAGCAAGAUCCACCAGCUCCUCUGCAGUGCCUUGACUUCCAGAGGAACGUGAAUUUCUGGGCAGCCCAGGGAGCCCCCACACCACUCCUCUGCCUCAUCCUGGCAUUGCCAGCACCUCCACCUCCUGCUCAGCAGGUUCCAGGCACCCAUAGAGACCGAGCUGGGGGAUAUUUUUCAAGCCUUGCAGAACAUGUGAACCCUCCCAGCAGCAGGUGGGUUGGUGCUGGGACUGCCAGGACAGCCAGGACUGCUGCUCCCUGGGUUAGACUCAUGCUGACCAUCAUGGCUCUCUCCAGAAUGCUCAGAGGCUGGUCAAGGCCACCUGCAUAGGUGGUCAGGAGUGGUGGGAAAGGAGAGGAGAGAAGAGGGAGAAGGGCUAAGGCCGGUGGGCUCCUCAAGCUGCUGUUCCCCAAGGAACCAGAGCACUUGGGCAGCUGCUCACUUUUCCCUGGCUGUCCCAGCAGCUGGGGUGCUCCUUCUGGCUUCUAAUUGCACCCAGUAAUGGCUUUUCCACUGCAGUGUUUUCCCUACUGCAGAUUUCUCCUACAAGCCAAAAUUAGCAGCAGUUCAGGCAGAGUUUAGUAGCGUUUGAGGUCAUUUUAGUUCUGUUGAUGCUGAGUGCUUUUGUUGGAGGUGAUGAACAGCCGGCGGCCGCCUCCUGCCCUGUGUGGGUCAGAUGUCCCUCUGCCUAGGGGUCACCAGGUGACCAACCUGGCAGCAGGGAACGCAUUUCCCUUGGCCCCAGGCAGGGCCACUCACAGCCUCUUCAUUCACAGGAGUGUGGAUGCGUGGACCAAACUGGGGGUACAGGAACUUGGGACCCCCUGACGCAGCAGCCCCCCAUGGUCACGGCUGCUGCCAGCGGGGUCGUUCUCAGGUGAUGCCAAAAUGCCACGGCCUGUGCGGUUUUACCUUCUGCUGUAACUUUGCCAAACGAGCUCCAAGGAAGCCCUGGCCCGUGUCAGCAGGCAGCAG